AUGACCGCCGCCCUCAUCCAACUCCGCAACUGCCAACGUGUCUUAAAUCUUAACAUCAACGUCGCAAACAAUCACGAAACAGCAACCCCCCCCCCCACACUUAAUCCUCAGGAGAAGCUUAGCUCGAAUGUCAUCAGCAUGCAGAUAAGCGGCCUAUCAAAUACACCCCUCACAAAAGUGCUCCUAAUCUACACAAUCGCGGCCUCGAUCGCCCUCUCCAUCUUCGACAUUAAACACCUCCCCGCCAUCCAUGUCUCCCCGCACCUCUUCCCUUACGGCCAGUUCUGGCGCUGCCUGAUCUGGCAGAUCGCCGGGUUUGCGAACUCCACGGAGGCGCUCUUUGCCGCGCUGUUGGUUUACCAUGUUCGAGUUGUUGAGCGCGGAUGGGGGAGUCGGAAGGUUGCUACAUUUAUCCUCAGCACACUCCCCUACACGACACUCCUCGCGCCCCUCCUCCUAACCCUCGUCGUGAGACCGCUCACCUUCGGGAAAAUAAACUACCUCCCAUCUGGCCCAACGGGGACAAUCUUCGCGCUGCUUGCACAGUACCACGCCUCUAUACCCUCGACAUAUAGAUAUACCAUUUCUACCUCAUCAUCGUCCCCGUCCCCGUCCCCGUCCCCGUCUACACCUACAGCUUCAACCCCAACAACAACACCCGCAUCACAAACAACCGACACUGCUGAAUCCCCGCAAAAGACCCUCACAAUCUCUCUAACAGACAAAUCAACCACAUACUUAAUCGCCGCGCAGCUCGCGCUCUCGCAGUUCCCAUAUAUGCUUCUGCCAUCAGCGCUAGGGUGGGUUGUUGGCGUGGCCUGGCGCGCGGACGUUCUCCCUUGUGUCGCUGGGAGCGGGAGUGCGGGAUGGAGGGUGCCGGCGUGGGUUGUUGGGGAGGAAGGUGGGACGUUCUCUACACGGAAUGGAGGUGGGAGUGGAGGUGGCCAGGAGGCUAGGUUUGAGGGGCUGCGGAGAAGAUUGGAGAGCGAGGCUGCUGCUGCGGCGAGUGGGAGUUCAAACUCGAAUACGGAUGCUUCUGGGUCUGGGGCUGGAUCUAGUAGGCUGAGAGCUGGGAGGGGGUGA